AUGUCUGCGUUCCAGGAGUUUGGGUUUGUGUCGGAGCGGCGGAGAGCCGAGAAGGCUCAAAGGAUGAGGAAACGCCUCAUGAUCGCCGGCGCCGUCGCCUCCGUGGUGGUUAUCCUCGCCGUGGUCGCGGCGGUCGCCGUGGUAUACAAGCCCGCGGAUGGGGGACACGGAAACUCAUUGUCGAGCAAGCAUUCCGGCGCCGGUGGCUCCACCGCCUUAUCAUCAUCCUCUUCGUCCUCUGCUUCCCACAAGGGCGACGACCAUGGAUCCACUUCUAGUGUCAUCCAGAUAAUCUGCGUGUCGACGGACUACAAGAGCGCCUGCGAGGCGAGCCUCAAGAAGUCAACGAACGGCAACUCCGCUCCCAAGGAAUAUGUCCGCGCCGCCAUCUCUGCGCUCGUGGACGAGGUCAACGGGGCCUUCGCCAGCUUGGACGACAUAAAAUCCGACGACCCGGACGUGAAGGUUGCCGUCGAGCAAUGCCGGGAGAUGCACGGGUAUGCCUCCGGGGAGCUCAACCGCACCCUGGGCACCAUCGACGACGCGAACUCCCUGUCGCAUCUCCCGGCGCAGGUGCACGAGCUCAAGAACUGGCUGAGCGCCACCUCCGCGUACCAGCAGACAUGCAUCGACGGGUUCCCCGCAGGCGAGCUCCAGGACAAGAUGCAGGCGAGGCUGGAGUCGGCGAAGCGGAUGACGAGCAACGCGCUGACCAUCGUGGGAAAAGUCUCGUCUUUUGCGCCGGUGCUGCAUGGUUCAGGCAGCCGGCUCCUCCAGGAGGAGGAGGAGGAGAACCACUCCGCCAAUGGAAUUCCGGCAUGGGUGCCAGAGUCAGAGCGGAGAGUGUUGGAGAGCCGCGCCACGAAGGAGUUCACGCCCAACGUGACUGUGGCCAAGGAUGGAACCGGAGAUUUCAAGACUAUUUCGGACGCGCUGUCUCAUUUGCCGGCGAAAUAUGAUGGAAGGUAUGUGAUCUAUGUGAAGGAGGGAGUAUACGAGGAGACCGUGGAGGUGGGAUCAAGCAUGAUAAACAUCACAAUGUACGGCGAUGGAUCGAGGAAGACGAUUGUAACAGGAAGCAAAAACUUCGUCGAUGGAGUGAAGACAUUCCACACAGCUACCUUCGCUGCCAUCGGCGACGGGUUCAUGGCCGUGGCGAUGGGGUUCCAGAACACGGCCGGCGCGGCCAAGCACCAGGCGGUGGCGCUCCGUGUGCAGUCGGACCGCGCCAUUUUCCUCAACUGCCGCAUGGAGGGCUACCAGGACACCCUCUACGCCCUCUGCCAUCGCCAGUUCUACCGCGGCUGUCUAAUCCUCGGCACCAUCGACUUCAUCUUCGGAGACGCCGCCGCCGUCUUCCAGAACUGCAUCCUCACCGUCCUCCGCCCCCUCGACAACCAGCAGACCAUCGUCCUCGCCCAGGGCCGCACCCUCCCCCAGGAAACCACCGGCUUCGUCCUCCAUAACUGCCGCAUCGUGCCCGAUCCCACCCUCGCCAAGCCCGACCCUCCGCCGAAGCAGCCCUUCCGGAACUACCUCGGCCGCCCGUGGCAGAAAUACUCGCGCACCGCCAUCAUGGAAUCCGAGAUCGGCGACUUCAUCGACACCCAAGGCUACAUGCCUUGGGACGGCGACUUCGCCCUCAAAACCCUAACCUACUCCGAGUACAGCAACACGGGCGGCGGCGGCGGCACUGGCAAGAGAGUCAAUUGGCCCGGCGUCAAGGUCAUCUCGCGGGCGGAGGCGGCCUCCUUCACGCCGGCGACCUUCAUCCAGGGCGGCGAUUGGAUCCCCAAAACCAACACACCUGUUCGCUUGGGACUCUUCGCCUAGUGAUCCGACGGUGGACAUCAAAAGAAUCAUCCUUUUUUUUAAAUUUUAUUUGGUUUAAAAUAAUAUCAUUAUAAUCAGUAAUAUAUCAGAUUUUGAAAACAA